CGAUCUCGAACCCGACUCUCUCUCUCCAUCUCUCCAUCUCGAACCCAGCUCAUCUCAUCUCGAAGCUCUCUUCUCCAUGGCAUCUCAUCUCAAAGCUCUCUCUUCUCCAUAGCUUCUCGUUCAGCAUUUGCGGCAAAUAAGUGUGUUCUGUGUUCAGCCUCUUGUCUCAAGCUUCUCUCAAGCUCUCCGAAGCUUCUUAAGAGAUCUUAGAAACGAGGCUAAGGAGCUCAAUUGUAACUCUGAGGAGCCUUUUCAGUUAUAUGACCAAGUUCUACGAUGCAAUCCUGGAGCAUUUGAGUAUGCUAUCCCUGGCUUCUCCAUAGCAUCUCAGGCUGUGUCUGUGUGUCUCAAGCUCACACUCUCAAGCUCACUCUCUACCACUGUUCCUCUCACUUUUUAAGAUGGCAAAAGAUAUGCUUGAAAGAUGGAUGUUGGAAGAUGAGGAUGGUGAUUAUGAUGAUGAACUUGGUUUGCUUGAUGUGCCUAUUACUGAGAGAUUGAGUCAUAGAACAGAUCGAGGAGCAGGAUGGCGACAUGUUCAACAACUUAUGUAUGAAUCUGAUCAGCAAUGUUAUGACAUUCUUCGAAUGAACCAAAAGAAUUUUGAAGCUUUGUGCAAGAUGCUAGCUGAGCGAUAUGGAUUGAAAGAGACUCACCAUGUCUACCUUGAGGAAUCUGUGGCGAUGUUUCUCGAGACUGUUGGUCAAGAUAAGACGAAGCGGGAUAUUGCUGCAAGGUAUCAAAGAUCAUUGGAUACGGUCCAACGGAAGCUUGAUGAUGUUUUGAGUGCUAUUCUGAAGUUUGCGGAGGAUACAUUAAGACCACAAGAAGGCGAGUUUGGAAGAGUGAGUCCGGUUUUGAGGAAUGAUGAUCGGUAUUGGCCUCAUUUCAGAGAUUGUGUUGGAGCACUCGAUGGAACUCAUGUGCCGGUUCGCCCUCCAAGUCACAAUGCAGAAGCAUAUAAAGGUAGAAAGCAAGAUCCUACAAUGAAUGUUCUUUCUAUAUGUAACUUCGACAUGAAGUUCAUAUACGCAUAUCUCGGUGUACCUGGUAGAGCACAUGAUACAAAGGUUUUGACUCAUUGUGCGAGGAAUGAGGCUUCUUUUCCACAUCCUCCUCCUGGAAAGUAUUAUCUAGUUGACUCGGGAUAUCCGACCAGGACGGGGUAUCUUGGUCCGCAUCGUAGUAUGCGAUAUCAUCUUGGUCAGUUUGCUAGAGGAGGACCACCUGUUAGUGCACGAGAGUUGUUCAACCGAAAGCAUUCAGGAUUGCAAUCGGUGAUUGAGAGGACAUUUGGAGUACGGAAAGCAAAAUGGAGGAUUUUGGAUCAUAAGCAUCCAAAGUAUUGUCUGGUCAAGUGGAUUAAGCUCGUGACAGCGACGAUGGCGCUACACAACUUCAUACGUGAUUCGCAUCGGGAAGAUCAUGAUUUUGUACAAUGGCAAAGUGAUGAUGAUGGAGAAGCAGAAGGAGAAGAAGCUGAUAGUGACAGUGAUGAAGAAGAAGAUGAUGAUGAUGGUGGUGGUGGUGGACAUACUGUAUAUGAGCCGACUGGUGAUAGAGCGAUGGAAGCUUUGCGUAAGAACAUCACAGAUGAAUAUGGUAGAGGUCGUUUACCGUAUUAAAUGUUUAAGUUAGUGACUUGGUUUUUCUUUGCUUAUAACUUUGAUUAUCAUUUCUAUGUGAUAUUGAAAUAUUUGUUUUAUUUAUUUAAGACUAUGUAUUAUUUAGCUUUGUUUUGUGAUAAAUAUUUUGAUAUAUUAUUUUUUCUUUAAUUUAUGAUAAAAAUGUUGUUAAAUUUGUAUA